ACAAAACCGGUGGGCUCCAGAUGCUGGGCUUAGCUGCCUGUGCUCACUGGCUGGUGGAGCUGAAGCUGUGCUGGUGGACCCAAGGCAGGGGACCAGGGAUUCCUCAGGUGGAGGUGAAGGGGGCGAGGUGCCAGCACCGGCCUCUACCUGGUUGGCGGGACCUACUGGAAUGUGAGCGAGGGGCCUGUGGAUCCUUGGUCUGCCUGCCGGGAGGGAUUGGGGGCCCUCAGCGCCCAGCUUGGCAGUCUUCCAACUGUGUCCUGGGCAGAUGGAUUCGAGGUGCCCACUGGGUAGGUUGGGACUAUCUGGGUCCGGGUGGGGCAGGGUUUGGCCGUGGGCUGCAAGGUGGUGCCCCCAGGUGAGCCAGCAGCCCGCCACUGGUGUCUUAUAUGGCCCCCGGGAGGAGUGUCGUCUGACUCCUUGGUCCUGGGUGUGGGCUGCAUGCUUCCCAGCAUACAUCUGGGAACAGAGGGAGCCCGCGGCCAGCACGGGGCUAGGGGGCAGCAGACUAGGCCUUUCAGGCUUAUCGUUUCUCCAGGAUUGUCCAGAGACCUUAGCGGGGCAGCCCUUCCCCAGAGUUGGAAGCCCCUGUCAACCCCCCUCCCCACUGCUCCCAGAGAUCAGCCCUGUCUGAGGGGAAGGACAGAGGGCAGGCUGCGGCCCCUCCUGUGUCCUGAGUCAGGGCAGUGCUAAAUGGUCCAGGAGAGCCUGCAGGAUGUGGUGGGUCUUGGGUCCCUGGGCCUCACUGGUCUGAACCCUUGCUCUGCAGCUAUGACCGACCCCUUCUGUGUGGGUGGAGGCCGCCGGCUCCCAGGGUCCAGCAAGAGUGGAUCUGGGAAGGAUCCAGGCCGAACUGAGGUUCUGCCUCCAGUGCUGCAUGACCCACCCAAGCUCGGAAUGCCAGUGGUCCGAAGUGGGCAGACUGUGCCCAGCCAGGCCCCACUGUGCUUCGACCCAGGAAGUCCAGCCAGCGACAGAACAGAAGGGAAAAAGAAGGGGCGGCCGAAAGCCGAGAACCAGGCUCUCAGAGACAUUCCCCUCUCCCUGAUGAACCAGUGGAAGGAUGAAUUCAAGGCCCACUCGAGGGUGAAGUGUCCAAACUCGGGGUGCUGGCUGGAGUUCCCCAGCAUCUAUGGCCUCAAGUACCAUUACCAGCGGUGCCAAGGGGUAAGGGACGUCUGGUUGGGGACAAGGAGGCCUGGGCCUACCUGCCUGCGCUGUCAGCAUUGUCUCCUGCAUACUGGGUGGUGUCUGGGCAGCCCUUCUAGGCAGACCCUGCGCAUAUCUGCCCUUCCCACUCAGGGUGCCAUCUCAGAAAGGCUGACUUUCCCCUGCCCCUUCUGCGAGGCUGCAUUCACCUCCAAGACCCAGCUGGAGAAGCACCGGAUUUGGAACCACAUGGACCGACCCCUGCCUGCUCCCAAGCCUGGGCCAGUCAGCCGGCCGGUCACCAUCAGCCGGCCUGUUGGGGUCAGCAAGCCUAUAGGAGUGAGCAAGCCUGUCACCAUCGGCCGGCCUGUGGGGGUCAGCAAACCCAUUGGCAUCAGCAAGCCAGUGCCAGUCAGCAGGCCCGUGCCAGUCACCAAGCCUGUCACCGUCAGCAGGCCCGUGCCGGUCACGAAGCCUGUCACCGUCAGCAGGCCCGUGCCGGUCACCAAGCCUGUCACGGCCAGCAGGCCCGUGCCGGUCACCAAGUCCAUACCAGUCACCAAGCCCACAUCCAUCACUACUAAGACCAUACCGGUCACCAAGUCCAUACCGGUCACCAAACCUGUCACGGUCAGCAGGCCCAUGUCAGUCAGCAGGCCUGUGCCGGUCACCAAGCCCACACCAGUCACCAAGCCCACACCAGUCACCAAGCCUAUACCAAUUACCAAGUCCAUUCCUAUCACCAAGCCAGUGCCGGUCACCAAGCCAGUGACAAUCAACAAGCCGAUGCCAGUGACCAAAUCCAUGCCGGUCACCAAACCAGUGCCAAUCACGAAACUUGUGACAGUUACGAAGCCCAUGCCAGUCAGCAAGCCGGUGCCAGUUAGCAGGCCUGUUGCUAUCAGCAGACCCACACCACCCUGCAAAAUGGUACUGCUGACCAAGUCUGAGAACAAAACUACUCGUGCUGUGGGGAGGAACAGUGGUAAGAAAAGGGCUGCAGAUGGCCUGGACUCCUGCCCCGUGCCACCCAAGCAGGUGAGGCCAGAGAAUGGGGAGUGUGGCCCAUCCACCAUGGGCCAGAGUUCGGGCUUCCAGCUGGGCACACACCCCCCCAGUGGCCCCCUUUCACCAGGCAGCAGGGCCUCUGGAGCCAAAGAGGCACCUCGGGCCACGGGCCCCGCAUCCCUGCCAGAGGAGGACCCGGAGCGGAUGAAGCACAGAAGGAAACAGAAAACUCCCAAGAAGUUCACAGGGGAACAGCCAUCCAUCUCUGGGACUUUCGGACUCAAAGGCCUGGCCAAGGCAGAGGACAAAGCACGCAUCCACCGUGCCAAGAAACAGGAGGUGACAGGCCCUGAGGACGUGUGGAAGAAAGUGCCGGCCACUGUCAGCACUGCCAGCAAGGAAGUGCCAGCCCCCGUGACCCACCCUGCCCCAGGUGGACCCGAGGAGCAGUGGCAGCGGGCCAUCCAUGAGCGGGGCGAGGCUGUCUGCCCCACCUGCAGCGUGGUCACUCGCAAGACCCUUGUGGGGCUUAAGAAGCACAUGGAAGUAUGCCAGAAGCUGCAGGAUGCGCUCAAGUGCCAGCACUGCCGGAAGCAGUUCAAGUCCAAGGCGGGCCUCAACUAUCACACCAUGGCCGAGCACAGUGCCAAGCCCUCUGAUGGGUCCUCAGAGGGAGGCGAGCAGGAGGAACGGGAGCGACUGCGCAAGGUGCUGAAGCAGAUGGGGAAGUUGCGCUGCCCCCAGGAGGGCUGCGGGGCCGCCUUCUCCAGCCUCAUGGGCUACCAGUACCACCAGCGGCGCUGUGGGAAGCCACCCUGUGAGCUGGACAGUCCCUCCUUUCCCUGCGCACACUGCGGCAAGACUUACCGCUCUAAGGCCGGCCACGAUUACCAUGUGCGCUCAGAGCAUGCAGCCCCGCUCCCUGAGGAGCCUACAGACAAGCCCUCCGAGGCCGACAAUCUGCUUGGUGUGGAGCGGACCCCAAGUGGUCGCAUCCGCCGGACAUCGGCCCAGGUUGCUGUGUUCCACCUGCAGGAGAUUGCAGAGGACGAGCUGGCCCGAGACUGGACCAAGCGGCGCAUGAAGGAUGACCUCGUGCCCGAGACUGCGCGGCUCAACUACACGAGGCCAGGCCUCCCCACGCUUGACCCCCAGUUGCUGGAGGUGUGGAAGAACGAGGUCAAAGAGAAAGGCCAUGUUAACUGCCCCAACGACUGUUGCGAGGCCAUCUACUCCAGCGUGUCCGGCCUCAAGGCCCAUCUCGCCAGCUGCAGCAAGGGGGACCACCUGGUGGGGAAGUACCGCUGCCUGCUGUGUCCGAAGGAGUUCAGCUCCGAAAGUGGCGUCAAGUACCACAUUCUCAAGACCCAUGCGGAGAACUGGUUCCGUACCUCGGCGGACCCCCCACUCAAGCACAGGAGCCGGGACUCGCUGGCGCCUCAGAAGGAGAAGAAGAAAAGUGCAGGGGGUGGGAAGAAGCGGGGCCGCAAGCCCAGGGAACGGCCCCAGGAGGAGCCCACGCCCAAGCUGCCCCCAGGGCGUGAAGACUGGCCCUCAGGGGGCAGAGACAAGGGGGGCCGGGGCUCCACGGGCCGGAAGGUGGGGGCUGGCAAGGCACCUGAGAAAUGAGCUCAGUACUGGCAGGAGGGUGGAGUUCAGCCCUCAUGCUGGCUGCCAGGUCUCCCUCCAUCCAGGGAGGGUAGCUAGCUCCAGCCUCCUCCUGCCCCCAGUUCUCCAUCCCUUCUCUCUCUCCAAUGGGUAGGGGGCGGCCAGCUGCUCUCCUCUCCCUGAUGCGGCCCCUCCCCUGCUCCAGCCCAGCAAGCAAGUGGCAGGGGCAGAGAUGGCUGCAGAAGUGCAAUAGUCUGGAGGGACAGCCCUCCUAAGAAUGCUCCCCUGCCUGGCAGGGUCUGGGGUCUCAGCGCCGUGAGUGGGGACAUGGAACAGGCAGGUGGCAGCAGUCUGAUUUUGUGGCCCCUGCUAGCCCCCCCAGCUCCCUUUGUGACCCAGGGGCUCCUCCACUAAGGCUCGGGUCCCUGAUGACCCCUGGUUCUGGGCUGGUGAGGGCAUCUGUGCAGCCCUGGUCAUUGCCAUCCCAGCCUUGCCUCCAUCCAACACUGGAACCCCAGCACCCCAGCUACCUCCCAGGACAGACCCAGCUCUGACCACUGCGCCCCACUCGCCCACCCAUCCCCCCAGGCUGCCUCCGUUCUGCACCUCUGGCCCCUCCGCCUCUGCUCUCUCUACCUCCCCAGCCCACCUCCUGCUCUCCCUGCCCUACCACCCCUGCUCUACUUCACUCCACUGGCCUGGCCCGGGUCCUUGGUGGUGGAGAGGUGGCCUCUCCAGUAGAGGCUCUCCCAGCCAACCCCAAGGUGCUCCCUGCUUGGGGCAAGGGGAGAAGAGUUCUGCCUAUCCCACUCUCCAGGCGGCAGGAGCAGGGAUCCAUGGCCUAGGGCCCCCAGGGUUGGGGUGAGCCACCCUGUGGAGCAGGUUCUGCCCUAACCUUCAGCCUUGCUGACACCCCAGGCAGGGGCAGGACAGGCCUGAUGGGCAGAUAGCCUAGUCUGGGUUCUGGGGUCUCCCUGAGGCUGGGAAUAGGAGGGAUCCACAGGGGUGAGCAGCCCACAGGGGCGUGGGGCUGGGAGCUGAGCAGAGUGGUCCCAGCCCUUGAGGGAAGGUGGCUUUCCUGGUGGCUGGUCUGGCCCAUGACCAAGUCUCUGGGGGCACUAUCUCCUCCGUUUUACACCUGCCUCUUUGCUUCUGGUUCUAUGGCCACUUGAUACAGGACUGAAGGUCAGCAAGGGCAGGGGGCUUUGCCAAGGUCACGGCAGGCUGGUGGCCAAGGCAGGACUUCGUCUUUGCCCCCUUUUAGGCUCCGACCAUGGGGUGGUCUGCAGGUUUGGCAGGUCCGGUAGGGAGGCUAGGGCACCCAGAGGACGUGGCAUGCAGCCUCUUGUCUCUCCUUCCUGGCCCCAUUCCCCCAAGGCCAUUGAAGGGAGGUAGGCCGUCAGAGUGUGCAUUUGGAUGGAUGCCAUUUUCCACUGGGGGAUGGGGAUGAGCUGAGGGCUUGCCCUCGCCGAUCCUGGACGAUGUGAAUUUUGAUAGUUGCCCGUGCGUGUGUUUUCUGGGUGUAGUGGAUGCCAGUCUUGUUGCUGUGACAAGUAACAACCAUUUUUUAAUUCUGUUUUUUAUAUGAAAACUCACAACAAUCCGACAUUUUGGUGCUAAGGGUUUCCUGGUGCCGACAGUGAGCCUGGGGGCCAGGCUGGGCCAGGGCGUGGCCCUCUGGGGCUGGGUUCCCUCUGUUCUAUGGACCUCUGCUGGCCCCCAGCUCCUGUCCUCAUAGGUACGCCUGCCCCCCCCCCCCCGCCCCGGGGAGAAUGGGCUGAAAGCUGGGGCAGUGGGGAAACAGGUUCCAGGGAAGCUGUUGGGGAUGGGGCCACCCACGUGUUUCCUGACUCUAGCACCUUCCUUUCGCCUAAAGGCACUAGCCCUUGUAGCCCUGGCCUGAGAUGUUUAGUGGGGGUGUAGAGAUUGAUCCCUUCUCCUCACAUACACCUUGAUCUCAUCAAGGAAUGGAGAUGGGUGUGAGCUAGUAUGAAGGGUGUCCAGGGUGGGGCAGGCAGCAUGAGCAGGGCCACCGGGGGCCGGAGGGCUUUCUUUCCUGUGCUCCUGGCAUCAGUUAUAGUGCGCAGUGGGGUGGAAGGUGAGGGUCAGGCAGCCGCUGUGAGGGAGGGAGCCCGGGUCGGGCAUGGCAGAUGCAGGCUCUGGGCAGGAGCUUCCAUGUGCACUGUGCUCUGCCCUUGUUACCUGUGGCAGGAGGAGGGUGUGACCUUAACACCGCUGCUGAGGGCAGACAGACUGCCCCCGCCUCUCAGGUACUUGGCCCUUGGGGAGGGGAGAGAGGGCCCUGGUUUUGGCUGGGGGUGAGUUUCUAGGGCACUCCUGAAGUCCGCAGAUAGUCCUUGGGUGAGAACUCUCUCUGGACAUGCUGGGAAGAGGGGAGGGUCCUGGGUAACUUGAUGUUUAGCACUUUAACCCUCUUCUUUGUCUUUAAACUGGGGGUGGGGGCUGCUGCCAAAUGUGGCUAUUGGGUCGGACCCCUUCCUCUCUCUCUCCCUGCCAUGGCCUAGCCUGGACCUCAGGCUGGUGAGGGGACAAGGUGAGUUGGUCUGCAAACCUCUCCUGGGGGAGGGGGCAGCUCUGGGCAGCGCUCAGCUGCAUCUGCCCACUUCCCACCCUGGCAGCAUCUGUACUGGUGGCUGCAGCCAGGUGACAGACACCCCCAGUGGAAGGGACCUGUGUGGCUAGACUCCCCUGCCCCCACCCCAAGGUGUGGUGAGUGUGGACCUUGCCCAGGGCUCAAGCCUUGGGCCUGAUGCUACAUUUGGGUCCCUUCCUGCAGAUCUACCUCAGGCCCAGCCCCACCCCCUGUGCCCUGAGAACAGGAAGGGCUGGCUUGGGGGGCUGACAUUUCACACACAGAUAGGAUGCACUUUAUUUGCUCCUCCAAAGGCAGAUGAGGGUGCCUCCUGGCGUGACCUUUGGCCCCUCCUGCCAUAGCCUUCCCUGUCUCUGUACCUGCCCUCUGUACCUGGAGAGCUAUUGGUAGUCCUGGUGGAAACGAGCAGGUGUCCCCUGAUCCCACAGAGGGGAGGGCUGUCCCAGUGUGCGCCCACUUGGUGGGCCCCUGACGCCUCGCACCGGAGGCCUGGGGUCCAGAUGGCCAGCCAGUCACCUCUCCAGCCUGGCGGCCACGCCGUCUAUACUUUGGGUUUCUUGGUUUGGGUUUUUUGGCGCCAGUUUUCAGUACAUAAGUGCAUUUCGAAAAAGAGGUUCCCGCCAUCACUUGUAACCUUAUAUAUACGUAUAUAUUCUAUCAACAAAGUGUUUAUCUGCAAGAUGUUUUGACGGUGAGCUCGGGCGCUGCCCGCCUUGUGACCAUCUGUCUCUGGUCUUCGUCCCCGCCCUCCCCACCCCCCAGCGGCGUGGGGGCGGGCCAUCGACUGUAUGUAUUAAAAAUGACUGUAUCGAAUAAAUGUUUAUU